AUGAAUCCCAAUUUUUCUUUCCUGCUGUUGGUGAUACAAUUCAUGUCUACGAUCACCGUCAUCUCCGGGAAAAAUAUUACCUGCGUCGAAGAGUUUCGCGGGUGGGUAAAAUGGAGGGGUAUUCGUGAUCGUUGUGUUUCUACCGACGGCUUCAUCAACGACUGUGAUAGCUGUGAUAGACACAAUUCCAAGGGACAAUACUGCGUCAAGGCAAAAACAUUCGUUCCGAAAGGCAUGAAAAUCCCAACUCAAGACACGCCAGGAGUCAUACUAAACGGAGAUUGCCAAAAUUAUGAAAGCCUCACCCUUGAAGGAAAGCCUUAUGGAUUUGGUUGUUCUACAGCUCCUGAUCAACCACAAAGCCUAUUUUGCAAUGCCAUCCUACCAGAAACAUUUCCAAGUUGCGAUCAUUGCAAGCAAGGGGAUAAAAGACAGCCCCCGAUUAUCAAAUGGAAUUAG